AUGGAUGUUAUGGGACAGACUCAGGUUACUCCUUUGAGCAUUGUGAUUAAUCAUUUUCAGGAAGUAGAGGAAAGAGCUAACAAUUUUAGUAUGGAGGUCUGGAAGAACAAAUGGCAGACUUGUUUUUCAACCACUGGUCCCCGAGAUGAGAGGGGCAAUCAGCCCCAUCACUACUGGCCUUUCGCCACUAGCGACCUUUAUAAUUGGAAAGCUCAAAAUCCUGAGUUUUCUGAGAAGCCAGCUGGACUUAUUAAUCUGUUGGAUUCUAUCAUUUUUACCCAUCAGCCAACCUGGGAUGACUGCCAGCAGCUCUUGCAGGUCCUGUUCACCACUGAGGAGAGGGAGAGGAUCCUUAAUGAGGCCUGGAAGCUGGUUCCAGGCAUGGAUGGGAAUCCUACCACCAACCAGGCUCAGAUAGAUAUCUCUUUUCCUCUGACUAGGCCUGAAUGGGAUUUCAACACAGCAGAAGGUAAGGAGAGGCUCCAGGUCUACCGCCAGGCUCUAAUGGGGGGUCUCCGGGCGGCUGCCAGAAAGCCGACUAAUCUGGCUAAGGUAGGGAGCAUUCAGCAGGAGAAAGAUGAAUCUCCAGCAGCCUUUUUAGAGCGGAUCAUGGAGGCAUUCCGCUCCUAUAACCCCAUGAAUCCAGAGGCUCCUGAGAGUAAGGCAGCUGUUAUUGUAGCCUUUGAAAACCAGUCUGCUGCAGAUAUUAGGAGAAAUUUGCAAAGAAUAGAUAGACUGGAAGAGAAGAGUCUGCAGGACUUGGUGGUGGUGGCUGAAAAGGUGUAUAAUAACUGGGAGCCCCCAGAAGAUAAACAGGCUCACAGGCAGACCCUAGACCUGGCUAGGAUCCUGUUGGCCACCACUACGGACUCCCCUGAGAAACGGGACCUCCACCUCCGACAGCUUGCAAACGAUCGAAAGAAGGGUAAGGAGACCUCCGGGGAAGGAAAGUGGAAACUGCAGAAGGAUCAAUGUGCAUACUGCAAGAUGAUAGGGCAUUGGGCUCAAGAAUGUCCUAAGAGAGGCAGUGAGAAGGAAAGCAAGACAGACCGAGGGAGUCAGGGUUUGGACCGCCUCCCUGAGCCCAGGGUAACUCUUACUGUGGAGGAGACCCCUGUUGACUUCCUUGUUGACACCGGAGUGCAGCAUUCGGUCCUCUGCACUCCACAAGGAAAACUAACUAGAAAAAAGUCCUGGGUGCAAUGGGCAACUGGUAUGAACCAGUAUUCAUGGACUACCCGAAGAACAGUGGAUUUAGGGAUGGGCCGGGUAACCCAUUCCUUCAUGGUAAUACCAGAAUGCCUCUACCCACAGUUAGGACGGGACUUACUGACCAAGAUUGGAGCUCAGAUAACUUUCAGACAAGGGGGGCCUCAGGUCACCGAUGGCGAGGGCCACCUCAUCCACGUUCUGACUCUGAGGCUAGAGGAUGAGUACCACCUCCACCAGGAAGCGCUCCCAAGGGGGGAUAACAUGGAUAGAUGGCUACGAGAAUUCCCCACAGCCUGGGCUGAGACAGGAGGGGUAGGACUAGCUGCUCAUAGGACCCCAGUCCUAGUGGAGCUAAAGCCGGGAGAAGGUCCGGUAAGGAUCAAACAGUACCCCAUGUCUCAGGAGGCCCAGGAGGGAAUUCAGCUACAUAUCCAGAGACUGCGGAGUCUAGAGGUGCUGGUUCCCUGCCAAUCUGCCUGGAACACCCCCCUACUGCCGGUCAAGAAGCCUCACCCAAAUGACUACUGACCGGUGCAAGACCUACGGGAAGUAAAUAAAAGAGUCAUGGACAUACACGCAACUGUCCCCAAUCCAUACACUCUCUUGAGCUCCCUGGUGCCCACCAUAAUCUGGUAUACUGUAUUAGAUUUAAAGGAUGCCUUCUUCAGUCUGCCGCUAGCACCCAGAAGCCAACCCUUGUUUGCUUUCAAGUGGCAUGAUCCAGAGGAGGGCUACAGCGGACAACUCACCUGGACACGACUGCCCACCAUCUUUAAUGAGGCACCACACAAAGACCUGGGUGAGUACAGAAGGGAGCACCCUGGCCUCACCCUCCUACAAUACGUAGAUGACAUCCUGAUGCUGGGGUAUCGGGCAUCGGCGAAGAAGGCACAGAUAUGCAGAGAGAGGGUAAGUUAUCUAGGGUACAUCUCAGAGGGCGGACAGUAGCGAUUAUCAGAUGCCAGAAAAGAAACUGUCCUAAAGAUCCCCACACCCACCUCUCGAAGAGAAGUGAGAGAAUUCUUAGGGUCGGCCGGCUACUGCCGUCUCUGGAUUCUGAGUUUUGCUGAGAUUGCCAGGUCCCUGUACGAAGCUACCAGAGAGGGGAAAACAUUUGAAUGGACAGAGAAAGAGGAGGCUGCCUUUAAUCAGUUGAAAAAGGUCCUCCUACAUGCCACGGCUCUGGGACUGCCAGACAUUACAAAGCCCUUUUACCUCUUUGUAGAUGAGUGCAAAGGGGUAUCGAAGGGGAUUUUAACUCGCCUUGGGCCUUGGAGCCAUCCAGUAGCUUACUUGUCUAAGAAACUAGACCCAGUGGCUGCCAGCUGGCCACCGUGCUUGAGGAUUAUUGCGGCAACAGCACUCCUAGUGAAGGAUGCUGACAAGCUAACUCUAGGGCAAGAAAUCUGGAUUACAACCCCCCAUGUGGUUGAGGGAGUUCUAAAGCAGCCACGAUGGAUGAGUAAUGCACGCAUGACUCACUACCAGUGCCUCCACCUAAAUCCUCCCAGAGUGCGGUUCCGCCCCAGUGCAGCCCUCAACCCCGCAACUCUCCUGCCUGACCCCGACCUAGAUGUCUAGCUACAUGACUGCGCCGAGAUCUUGGAACAGGUGCAUGGACUCCGGAAGGACCUGAUGGACCAGCCCCUCUCAGAUGCAGAGGCCACAUGGUUCACCAAUGGAAGCAGCUUCAUGAGAAGCGGGCACAAGUACGCGGGGGCGGCAGUAGUAACUGAGACUGACACCUUAUGGGCAGAGGCUCUGCCAUCUGGAACGUCAGCCCAGUGGGCAGAAUUAAUCACUCUGACAAAGGCAUUGACACUAGGGGCCGGGAAACGACUCAAUGUCUUUACAGAUAGCUGAUACAUGUUUGCCACAGCUCACAUCCAUGGGGCAAUCUAUCAGGAGAGAGGGCUAUUGAGUGCAGAAGGAAAGACUAUAAAAAAUAAACAAGAAAUACUUGACUUGCUGGCUGCCUUAUGGCUCCCAGCCAAGUUAGCCAUCAUCCACUGCCCAGGACACCAGAAAGCCAACAAUCCUGUAGCCAGGGGCAACCAGAAGGCUGAUCAGGUGGCCAAAGAAGUAGCCCUCAUUGCAGUCCCUGCACUGGCCCUGCAAUUGCCAGGCCCAGGGAACCCAGUUCUGCCGGAUCAGCCCGGAUACUCCCAGGAAGAAUUAGAGCAAAUCAAAAGCCACCCCACGAACAAGGAAGUCAGAGGCUAGUGGUAUGCUCCAGACGGGAAGCUCCUGCUACCAGACUAGCUUGGGAUCCCGAUGUUGAAACACAUACACCAAUCGACUCACCUAGGGUCCCAGAAACUAAAGGAUUUGGUCCGGCAUGCUAAGAUCAAAAUUCACCAACUGGAUGCCAAAAUAAGUCAAAUUGUAUCAGCCUGUAAAACUUGCCAGCUUACAAAUGCAAGGGCCGGGUCAAGUGGAAAAGGAACCCGGCUCAGAGGAACAAAGCCCGGGGUGCACUGGGAGAUUGACUUCACUGAGGUAAGGCUGGAAAAGUAUGGCUAUAAAUAUCUUCUAGUUUUUGUAGACACCUUUUCUGGAUGGGUAGAAGCAUACCCAACUAAGCAUGAAACAGCCCAGACGGUUGCUAAGAAGCUACUGGAGGACAUUCUACCCAGGUACGGUUUCCCAGCUAUGAUAGGAUUGGACAACAGCCCGGCUUUCAUCUCACAGGUAACACAGGCAGUAGCCAAGGCUAUAGGGGCAAAUUGGAAAUUACAUUGUGCAUAUAGGCCCCAGAGCUCAGGACAGGUAGAAAGAAUGAAUAGAACAUUAAAAGAGACCCUUUCUAAACUAACCAUGGAGACUGGCAAGGACUGGGUGGCUCUCCUUCCCUAUGCUCUUUACCGGGUGAGGAAUUCACCUUAUACACUAGGCUUCACUCCCUAUGAAAUUAUGUUUGGUAGGCCCCUGCCUAUCAUUCCCAAUCUUAAGGCAGAACUGCUAACUGAAUUUGACAACCAAGAAAUAGCCAUCUACGGGGCUGGCCCGAUCAGACGCCCCACCAAUACCUGCCGGGAGACUGGGUCUUUGUCAAAAGACAGUGCCGAGAGACGCUUGAGCCACGUUGGAAAGGACAUCGUGGUGCUGACGACGCCCACCGCCCUCAAAGUGCACAGCAUUGCGACCUGGGUCCACCACACCCAUGUUCAGCCAGCUGACUCCUCUGCGAUCCGGGAAGACUUCGCCAACCGAUGGAGCAUCGACCGAGACCGAGAUAACCCCCUCAAGCUCAAGUUACGGCGUACUCAACCUGCCUGA